AUGUCACGACCUCUCUCGAUACGGCUGCUCACGCGAGCGGCAGCUCCAAGAGCUUCGCGGGCCUGCGUCACUCCGUUUCGACAAUAUGCCACCGCUGCGCCAGUCCCCACCUCGUCGUCGAUAUCAAGCGCCGACUCCUCGCAGAUACAGCAUGAGAAGUCGGUGUCGAACCCGGACCCUGCGCUGGACUCGCCAACCGCAACCUUCCUCAAUCAAAGCGAACCCUACAUGGUGCCCACCUACGUCAGACCACCACCCAUGAUGGUCUCCGGAAAAGGAUGUGUCUUAUACGAUAAUGAAAACAGGGCGUAUCUGGACUUUACAGCAGGCAUUGCCGUCAACUCGCUGGGACACGCCGAUCCGGCUCUCACGCGCAUCAUUGAGAAUCAAGCAGAGACUCUGAUUCACGCUUCGAACCUCUAUCACAACCCUUGGACGCCCACACUGUCCAAGUUGUUGAUCGAAGAAACCAAGAAACAGUCACCGGGCUCCCACCUGACGCAGGCGUUUAUCUCGAACUCGGGCUCCGAGGCGAACGAGGCGGCUCUAAAGUUUGCCCGAAAAGUACAAUAUGCCAAAGAUACAAGCUCCGAUCAGCGAGAGAUUGUGUCAUUUCACGGCUCCUUUCAUGGUCGGACGUUUGGCUCGUUGUCGGCAACGCCCAAUCAGAAGUAUCAGGCGCCGUUCGGUCCAAUGCUGCCGGGAUUUAGAUACGGUACCUACAAUGAUGUUGCAGCGGUGGACAAGCUUGUCAACGAGAAGACCGCCGGUGUGAUCGUUGAGCCCAUUCAAGGUGAGGGUGGUAUCAAUGUGGCGACUCCAGAUUUUCUGCAAGCCCUCCGAAAGCGAUGCGAUGAGGUCGGGGCGGUUCUGAUCUUCGAUGAAAUCCAAUGCGGCCUUUCUCGGACAGGCGACCUGUGGGCGUACACGGCGAGCGGCGUGCAGCCGGACAUACUAACGACCGCCAAGGCCUUGGGUAAUGGUAUCCCUAUUGGUGCCACGCUUGUGUCAGGUGAAGCCGUUAAUAAGUAUAUCAAGACGGGCGAUCACGGCACAACCUUCGGCGGCAAUCCCUUCGCCUGCAGAGUAGCGCAUCACAUUUUUGGUCGGCUGGCCGACGCCAGGCUGCAGGAAGAAGUGCGCAUCAAGUCUACACUCUACUUUGGCGCAUUCGAGACAAUGAAGCUGAAAUAUCCUGGCGUUUUAACCGAGGUUCGCGGGCGAGGCCUGAUUGUGGGGUAUCAGCUCAGCGAUGAAGCGAAGGGCAAGGCCGCCGAGGUGGUCACUGCAGCUCGUGAACGAGGGCUACUAAUUAUCACCGCGGGCGACGGCGUGAUUAGAAUUGUUCCACCGCUCGUCAUCUCUGCGGAGGAGGUCAACCACGGUCUGGAUAUCCUGGACCAGGCCAUGGCUGUAGUAUUCAAGCAGGACAAGGAUGUAGGCGAGACCAGAGGGCAGCAGGAGAUGGCGCGGUAG